AUGCCUAUAGUCUCUCCAACAUCAUUGACCACCUUUCCACCCUUCGAGACGCAUCAAGACAACAACAACCCACAACACGACUCGCCGCUUGAGUUCACCUUCGACGAACCCUUCGAGUUUGAUUCGUUGGCAGUCAAGCCCGAAAUGGCCGGUGCUGGUUCUCCUUAUAUCAAGUCUGAGCCUACCGACUUCAACUUCCAAUCACAUCAAUAUCAGCAGUCGUCAGCCUUCAACAUGAACCAUCACAUGCAGAACGGCAUGAACGGCAAUGGCGACCACGCCAUGGGUAACUCCAACUUCAACUCGGCCUUUGCCCCUCAGAACAUGUCAUCGAGUUUCAACAUGGGAAACUCAGGCCUUGCCGACGAUGAGCUACUUGACGGCAUCACCAUGGACGAUGGUCACCACCACGUCAGUAUGAACCAAGGCCAGUUCAACACCAACAACAACAACAUGAACCAGCACUUCCUUACCCAAGGAAGCAUGCCGAUGUCAAUGGGCCAGCAGCACAUCAAUGGCAACAACAAUAACUUCUACUCAUCGACCCCCGAGGGUGCUCCUAUCCAAUCUCCCUUCGUCAACGACUUCAACUAUGGCCAGUUCCGUCCCCAAUACAGCGUACCCACUACCGGUGGCUAUCUGAAUGGCUUGAACGCCCCGCAAGUCCACCAGAUGGAACGCAAGAUCUCCGACUCGCGCUCACCCGCAACACCAAACACCCCUGGUAUCUCCAAUCUCCACCUGGGUGAGCCCGAGUACCCUGCCACGACCAUGUCACAGCAGCCUCGCGCCAUCGUUGGGCACAGACACAACUCAAGUGUCAACAACUGGGAAAAUGUGUCGAAUCCUCACUCCUGGCAAGACGUCUCUCCCUUCGGCUCCCCGUCGAACCCACUGAUGCAACACCAGCAACACCCUCAGAUCACAGAGGUCCUCAAGUCGUCGAAUGCAGGUGCCAACGGCAAGAUAGCAUCGUCGUUGCCCGCCAAGAUGGAGAACCCACCAGCCUUCCAGACCCAAGAGGCCAAGAGGAAGCGCAGAAGAGAGUCGCACAACCUGGUUGAGCGUAGAAGACGAGACAACAUCAACGAACGCAUUCAGGAUCUCGCUAGCCUCGUUCCUAUGCACAGACUGGAGGAUGAAAGAGUCCGAAAGCACCUCCAAACAAAUGCUCCGCUCUCGCCGUCCAUUGUUGCUACAGGCAUGUCGCCUUCCCAGGCCACGUCUCUACUGGCUGGAGGCAACGGCAGAAGAGCCACCACCACCAGUGUAGGAACUGGCUUGCCUAUGGACGACAAAGACAAAGGUCCCAACAAAGGCGACAUUCUGAACGGAAGUGUCGCCUGGACCAGAGACUUGUUGUGGCACUUGAAGCACACUCUCGAGGAGAAUGCCGAACUGAAGGCAAGACUUCGUGCUCGAGGUGAUGACUGGUCCGCUCCCGUGACCGAAGACGAGAGACGCAUGCAGACCGAAGUAUCUGAGCUCAUGCAGAAGCUCAUUGCCACUGGCAACCUUCAGGACUAUAGCAGAGGCCAUGGCUCAGGACUUCGUGUCCCUGGCCACACAAACCUCGCAGGUGAACCUUUGCACGGACAGGAAGGUCAGUCCAACUACGGUCAAAGCCUCAGCCCUGGCUUCCAAAGUGGAAGUGGUGGUAUCAGCCCUGUCCAAGGUUACUGGCCCUCAACCGACGAGCCUGUCUUCAAAGAGGAAGAUGAGUUCACCAUCAACGACCUCUAA